AUGAAUCAAUUAACGCGGAUCAAAGAUGCUGUCAUUGGUUAUAUAUCACCAGCUAUUAAACGGCACCGGAUUAUUGAGCCGGGGUCUAUUUCUGAAUUCUCAGAUGAGCAUUCAUAUUCAAGCGCAGAAUUAGGGCCUAGAGAUGAGCUAGAAAAAAAAUAUAUAAUUGAUUUGCCCUAUCAGAGAUGUUUACUUCUAUCGCAGGCCGAUAACUCAAGGAAGAGGAGCCGAGAGCAAUUCGAAGAACAACUAAAUUCAAAAUCUAUCGCCUCGCAGGAUUCUGAAUCACUAAACCCACAGCUAAUAGAUGAGUGGGAAAGUUUAGAUUUAUUUCAGACGCAACCUUUUAAGGAAGACACGGGCCAAGGCUGCAGGGAAAUAACUUCAAACGUUGUCUCGCACUUAGCAGGAGAGAAAGUGGCGGGAAUAAAAUCGAUAGAACUGGAUUAUAUGGUUGAUGUAGAAGCAAAAGUGCAUGAGUACCUUGAUCAGCAAGUCGAAUUCUCUCGUCAUCAAGAUGAUCCAAUAGAAAAAUCCUUUGGCGAAUGGAAACCAGAAGAAUUAUUUCUUUACGAACGACUUAGUCUCCGAAGUUAUGAUGCAAUGCUACCUAGUAGCUGGGAGAUUGAUUUCCCCAAACUCCCGAGCGCCGUUUUUGUGGAAACCGACAACAACAAAACUUUUGUUAACACUAAUUUCACCUCCACCUCUUACGGAAUUAGAGCUCUACAAUCACUACUCAGCCUUGGCGUUCGGGUCAGAGAUAACUUACUUGUUGGCGCACCAACGAAGAAGCUGAUAUCACGUGAAAUAAAUCGUUAUGUCAAAUGGUCUCAAAAAGAUGGUGGUUAUGCUAAGAUGUACCACCUUCCGGUACUUGCUAUAGUUUCUACAAAAAGAACCCACAGUAUUGACUCCAUCAGUACUGCUAGUGACGGCCAGUUGAAGCUCCUCGCGGAGGCUCACAGAAAAGACUUAACCACAUCACAUGUAGCAGAUAAUUUAUACCGACGGAGCCCUCCACUUAUCUAUGGUAUAGUUAUAGAUCAAACUAGCGUCACCCUCGUUACGCUUGAUUCUUCUAAGCCAGAUGCGAUCUUGAAACUUAUCCAGAAGUUUGAUUUUCGAGAAAAGAAAAAUGACGUUUGGAUCGGACUUGCUAUAGCUGUAGUCGUUAUUAUGGCACGGAAUUACGUUAUGAGUAUUAAGGAUGAAUUAAAAUUCAGUGUAGAGCUCGAGGCUGACUAUGAUAUCUGA